AGAACACUGAAGAAGCUACAGCUGCCUCUCUCCCUCUCCCUCCCUUCGCUGUCUCAAAUGGAUCGCGGCGGAGCAGGUUACGGGAUGCCCGGGAAGGAGGAGCAGCAGGCGGCGGGUUCCACCAACCAGAAAACCGAAAGCUUCGAAGGCUGUUCCAGUUCCAGUAGCGUGAAGAAAAUUUACCCUAUUGACAGUCCAAUUAAGAAACGGAAGCCACAGUAUGAUCUCAAUGAUACAAGGCUGUCAUCGCUGAAAUACAAGUUCCAGGACCGUUUAGCUUCACAGGAGAAUGAGACUGCAAGAACAGAAAGCUUAGGAGGCGAUGGCAUUUUCAUCGACAAGAAUUGUGACACCCACAUGGUCAAUGGUGUCAAGGAAUUGGACUCUUGUGAGAAUACACAAAGCCUUCUAGGUGGGUGCAUCGAAGUCGACUCCAUAAAUGGAAUCGAAAGCCAAUCUAUGAGAAAACGGGCGUCUGUAUCCAGCAGCUCAAGCAACAACAUCUCAUCUGACGCCUACAGUUCUUUCAAUAGCUGUGGCACCAAAAAGACUGACAGCUGGGUGAGGCCACGCCUGGAGCAUGAUCACCCGGGUUUGAUGCUGCAACCAUACGAUGAUGACAUUGAGAGGAUUUAUGAUGUGAUGAAUGAGCUAGCAAAUGGCGGUGUUGAUGGUUCUGUAGAUCAUAUCAUGGAUGAGAAGCUUUACUCGAACGGCGUCGACGAUUUCAUGAUUUUGCCAGCAGGCAAAACUGGAUGCCAUGGUGAGAAGAAGAAGCUAACCAUCGAUCAAGAAUUCGAGCAGUACUUUUCAAAGCUCAUGCUUUAGUACUUUUCAAACAAGCUCUGCAUCCUAACCUUUCUUGAACUAGCAAAUGCAAGUCGAACUACUAUCCGGGAAUUAGUUCUGUAUUUUUAACUUAAAAUCCUGCCUCUGCAAUGUAUAUAUGUUAACAUUUUCAGACCCUACCUUGAGUGGCCAUCAAGUAUUGGCAUCCGA